AUGCUCUCCCUUAAUGGCUCAAAGCUAAAAAAUCUUCCAGUGAAAACGUUUCAUUGCUUGGCACAUCUUACAGAUCUUCGCCUUUAUAAUUGUGGAGAAAUGAUUGACAAAUCGAAGUUACUUAUCCUAUUUCGCGCCUUGACAUCCCUAAGAAAUAUUACAUUGGAUGGGAGUUCUAAAUUAACUAAACUUCCCAAAAAUGUAAAGCGCCUCCAGUGGCUGGAAAAGCUUUCGUUAAGGAAUUGCACGAGCCUUCAAUCUUUACCAAGGCUUCCACGAUCCCUUGAAAAGUUAGAUGCCGCCAAUUGCUCAUCAUUGAAGAUUUGGUUGCCUCAGAAGAUAAUGCAAGGUUUAAUGCACCCUUCAAUUGGCUAUCUCAGAAAUCUUAGAAAGCUUAAUCUUUCUGGUUGCCAACAAUGCCUACUCCCUGAAUACAUGGACUUCUUAUCAUCAUUAGAAUCAUUGAAACUUGAAGGGAUUGAUGUAAAGAGCUUGCCUACGACCAUCAAGCAUCUUCUAAACCUAAAAUACAUUGACUUGACCAAUUGUCAGAGUCUUUGUUCUCUACCAGAACUUCCACCAUUCAUUCAACAAGUUAAAGCUACCAAUUGCAUAUUACUGGAGACUGGAGUCCCUUCAAUAACUUAUACACAACAAUUAAACUUCUUGUAUCUAGAGAAUUGCUCAAAAUUGGAUGAGCAAUCUCUUUCCAAUCUUGCAGAAUGUGCUUAUUUCUCAUUGAAACGAAGGGCAUAUACAAAUGAGAGAGGCGGUGUUUGUUACCCAGGACAAAAUGUUGCAGAGCCGUUUAAAGAUAAUCUCACAACCGAGGCUUCCAACUUCAUAACUAUUGAACUUCCCUCCCCUGCCAACAACUUGGCGGGCUUCAUUGUCUACUCUCUUCUUCCACAAUUCAUCCCAGAGCAAAGCGCUCAGAACCACUUGGAAUGUCAAAUUUUUUAUCAAGAUGGUAUGAAGGGUCCAAGAUUGAUAUUUGACAUGAGUUGCACAGAACUUAAUUCGCACCACGUUUUUCUAUGGUGUGAUUAUGCCGUCUUCACAAAAUAUGAAGACAUCAAAUAUAACCCAAAGAUUUCGUUUGAGUUCUCUGUUACGUACAGCGAUGGUGUUCUCAGGAUAACAAGAAAUGAUUGCUCGAUCCAAGCUUGUGGAGUUUGUCCAAUAUAUGCCUCAGAGUAUCAUAGCUUCCUUGAACAAAAGAAAUUGAUGGGUACUCGAAAAAAGACGACGGAAAUUAUGGAAUUUGCUAGGUUCUCACUCAAGCGAGAAAAGCGUGGCCACUUUGAAACAAGUAUUAUUCCAAAGUGGUUUGCCCACCAAAGAUCGGAAACAGAGUCAUCAUGUAUAAGGAUAAGUGUUCAGUUGCUUCCGGGUGAUGAAACCAGCAGUAUAUGGUGGGGUUUCAUUUUCUGCUUUUAUAUUCCUCAAUUCUCCUUAAAGGAAAGGGAUCGAAGUCACUCAAGAUCUGCUUGCUACUGGGAGGAUAGGUUUUAUAAAGAAGGCCCAAAGGGAUGGCAUUAUUCAAUGAUAAAAUGGAACUCGGAUAAUGUUUUCCUAUGGUAUGAUCCCUUCUUUAAUGAAUCUGUGAUAGAUUUUGUUGAAAGAAAAGGCUCAAUGCCUAAAUCUGAAAUAUUCAAGCAAGUGCUUACUUUUGAAUUUGAGUUUGGGGAUUGCUUGAUCAAAGAAUGUGGAUUCCGUCUAAUGUAUGAAUCAGAAUACAAACAGUUCCUUCAAGAAAAUAAAAUGAAGUUGGAGUAAACUACAGGAAAAAAGAUGCCCCGAACUCGAAAUAUUGAUGAGACCAGCAACUCCCUUCUUCAAAGAGACGUCUUCAAUGCCUUUAACCUGAGUUCUGUGUAUGAUUGCUUACCUUAAUCAGGGACGAUUCAGAUUUCAUUCAAGGAAUUGUCAGUGAUGUUGAAAAAAAGUUGGAUCAAAUGUAUCCAAGUACAUCAAAAGAUUGCGUUGGCACUGAUGAAAUUAUUAAACCCCUUGCGGAGUUGCUGGAAAAGUACUGCAAGGUUGGAAUUCGGGACAGGGAAACCAACAAUGGCCAAGGCUGUAUUUGCCAGAUUAUCUUCUCGGAAUCAAAGUUGCUGCCUUCUUGAAAGCACAAGGGAAAAAUCAGACAAGUAUGGAUUAGAACAUGUACGCAUGACUCUUGUCUCAGAGCUACUAGUGAAAGGAUAUAAGCGUAGGAACUCAUCAAGACCUCCAGGAGAUGCAUUUGUCACCAGAGG